AUGGUGCUUUUGGAUGAUUUGGCAUGUGGCGCACACCGGGGUGUGUUCCAACGGAAGUCUGAGCGACGAGCGCGAAUGGAAGAGGCCAAGGCCUUAGGCGAGGAGAUCCAACAGACCAAUGAGGCCAAGCAGAAGGUUCAAGAUGCCUUGGCGACUUUGAAUGAGAAGCUCAGGGAGGCGAAGGAUGAAGCUGCGGUGGGCCAUGCGGACGCAGCGAAGCGGGCUGAGACAUUGCAAGAGCUGCUGUCGAAAGAGGAGCCUCGACUGAUUCAGCUCUUUGACGAGAAACGGCAGAGGUAUGAGUUGGACUUUGGGCGCUUAAGAGAGCUGAAGCGCGAGAUCAGCCACUUAGAGCAUGCGGAAAAGAAGCUUGAGACCACGGUGCAGUCUGAGUUCCAGCAUUGGCGGAAGGCUGUGGCGCAAAGGUAUCCUGGCCCGGGGGCGCACAACGGCGAGCAGAGGGACAAAGAUCAAGAUCCCCAAGAUCACAGCGACCCUGGGAAGGUCGCGGAGGUCGCGGCGCCAAUGCCAAUUGAUGUGGAUCCAAAGGACGAUCCUCAGGUGGCGAAAGUGGAAAAGGCACUGGAAACUUUACGCUUGCGCCUACAGGAAGCUGAAGAUGCAAAGGACGAGCCCAGGCGCCGUGUGCUGGCCCAGUUGUUGUUGAACGAGGAGCCCAAGUUGGCUCGCCUCAGGGCUCGUGUGGCGAACUAA